GGGGCUGCGCCGCCGCGCGUUUGGGAUUACAGUAAACACAAGUUGUUUCUUUAAUAUCCUAAUAGGCUUUGACGAGAUAAUGCAUUUGCAGGCAUAUAAAACGCGAAGGAAACUAUGUAGUAUGUCUUCUUGUAGGGGUUCUGAGACGCUCAGACUCACCACUGCCUAUAAGUGCAUGGAUGUUUACGUCAGUGAAUGAUUUGGAAGUUUGUAAAGGCCAUCAACCGUUGCUUUAUGAACUUUGUUUUUAUUAUCUGAUGCAUUUUAUGAGUGCUGGCUAAGAUGGUUGAAAACAGAUGCUUUGUUCAGAGAGAGGAGGUUUACCGCUGGUUCUCCGUGUUGAGUUCGGCGCAGAGGGCUGAGUUCCUUUGCGGCCUUUUGGACCUCUGCGUUCCCAUUGAGCUACGCUUCCUCGGUUCAUGUUUGGAAGACCUAGCCCGAAAAGACUACCACUCUCUGAGGGAUGCAGAAAUCAAAGCCAACAACCCGGCUGACCUCGCCAACUUGACCAACAUCACGGAUGAGGUCGUGAGGAGCAAGCUGCUCGUCUCUCUCGCGAUCCUCAGCUCGGACAACCGCGUAGCGGCGGGAGUUUUGUUUCGGACCCUCACCCAUAUCGACACCAUCAUUAAUAACUACGGACUUCAGCUUAACGAUGGCCAGACGGGAGAGCAGUUUUUGCUCCUCUUCACCAUGGCUUCGAACCAUCCCGCCUUUAGUUUUUAUCAAAAGCAGGUGCUGAGGCAAGAGUUGACACAGAUCCAGGAGAUCCUACAGGUGACAGUUGGUGAGGCGCCUUCGACGUCACACGGGGGCGGGGCCAGCGCUGCUGCGCUCCCAAACGUGAGCGCGACCCCGACCUUCUCUUCCUACAUCACAACAUCCACCUUCAACUCUUGCCAGGCUGGAUGUCCGUGUUGCAAGACCGUGCAUCGGGAGGUCACAGGAGGGCAGACAGACGAAGGUUUGGGUCCUGAGAUCAUGCCGCCGAGUCCAUCACUCUUGUGCCAGGAAAUGCCACUCAAAGUGCAUGUCGGAAAACCCAGCAAAGAGUAUGUUGAAAGAAUUGAACUAAGGGGAGUUGCACCCAAAUCAGACAAAUCAACAGAAUACAUCCUGGAGGCCUUGUGGUCCGACUGCACUUUGUCGACUGUCAGCAAAACCCCUCAGGAAGUGGUGGAGUUUAUCUCCCAGCUCUCUCAGCUCUUUCCCGAUGAAUGUCUAGAGAAACUUCUGCCCCAAAUGCCUGGACUUGAUUCCACUCAUGAAUUAGAUCCUCGAUGCUUGACCUCUCUUCCGCCUCAAGUUCUCAAACAUGACAAAGUCCGUUUCUUCUUCAGCACUUCAUCUGCACCUCAGCUCCCUACUAGCACAAAUCUGGGCUGUCUGCUUCAGUAUAGGGGAGCGAGGCCCAUUUGUGGUGUCGCCAGCAUCCAGCCUGUCCUAAGCGUCCAUGCGCCCCUCCUGCAGAGCUCCCCUGCACACCUGCCCCCUCUCCCCCCUCAGACAGCGGUGGCCAUCCUCCCCGGCACUGCCAUGGGGGAGCGCAGUCCACCACAGAUGCACCUCACAAACCCCGCACCCCAACCCCAGUCCCAGCAGCCCAGCCCGGAGCAGAACGGUAUCCUGGACUGGCUUCGUAAACUACGGUUGCAUAAAUACUACCCUGUCUUCAAACAGCUAACCAUGGAGGAGUUCCUUGCUCUCACAGAAGAGGAUCUCAACAAGUACGACCUCACUCAGGGGGCCAAGAAGAAACUAAAGACUCAGCUGGAGCUUCAGAAAGAGAAGCUGGAGAAGAGAUACGUGGUGUCUCAGUUUCCUGUUUCAUGUAGUGGGGUUGCCAGAGUGAGCCCUUCCAGUCAUAUCGGAUCCCUGACACACGCACACUCUGGAAGUGAGCUACGAGUAGACGUUGAGAACAACUCGUUGCCCAUUCCACGGGACAGCAGUUCCUCCUCAGGCUAUUCCAGUGCUCCUUCCAGUCCAAUGACCCCUUUAUCACGUGACACUUCCUUCGACCGGGUUAAAGACCCUCACAGACGUUUAGAGUCUGGUUUGGAUCCUUGUGAGAAAGAGCGGUCAUGCUUUCUCCUCAAUCCUGUGGUAUCCACCGGUCCCAGCCGUCCCACUGCCCAAGUCCUACCGGUCCAGAACGAUCCCUCCCUCUGUCCCUCCCAAAUGAGUUUGCCCCCACCAUCCUUGCCCCUCCCCUCCCCAGGCCACGUUCUCAACUCUCCCCGCAAACCUCGUCCACCCCCUCUCUGUUCAGAAGAACGUCCCAAACCGAUGGGGUCUGGGGUCACCGUAGGUGUCCGGCUGGAGAACAUCUUCCGUGGAUUGAAUCUUGAUGGUUCUCCGGGGCACCAGGACAUGUCGGUCCCCCAUGGGCCCCUCACAGUGCUUCGCUCCCCUCCAGGUCUCAUGGUGGAUACCAGCACUGCUCUCACCUCCACGUCUAACACCCUCCAUCAUGUUUCUCACCCACCCUUACACUUACAAGUGUCUUCUUCUGUUCCACGCACAGGAUCGUACCCUUUCUCCACCUUGUCCUCCUGCCCGUCAUCGAGUUCCUCCACCAGACCCUCCUUCUCGCCUGUCAGUGGAGUUCCUAUAGCAACGACCAGCAACGUUCCCAUGGCGGCAGUACCCGGCAACACCUACUGCGUAAACAGUACAUCCGCAGUCACGCCCAGUUCUAGCCCAGCAUCCACAGAGAAUAGCGGCUACGCCUCAGUGCAAGCAAACAGCACUAACUCCAGUUCCUCGUUGUGCAUUUGUAGCUCUUGCGGUUGUAGCGGUAACUGUGGCUCCUAUGGGGCCCUUCCAGCUAGCUACGCCGGAUACUUUCCUCAUCCGUUUUCAGGAACAUCAGUAUUCACGUUAGGGCCUUUGCUUCAUUUCAGCCCCCUCCUUACAGGAAGUGGUACCGCCUCCCCCUUUUCCUACCCCCUGGUGGCCCCACCUAUUUACAACAGCAGUCUAUCACAUGACUCGCAACAAAAUAUUGUGCUUCCACCAGUGCAGGGUUUUCUAGGGGGAGGGGGUGGUGUGUACCAGCCCCAUGGAAUGAUGGGAAACGGAAGCUCUGGGCAUAAGAAAACAGGGAAUGUGUCCUGCUAUAACUGUGGGCUGAGUGGGCAUCGAGCACAAGACUGCAAGCAGCCAGCAAUGGACUCUGCACAACAAGGGACGUUUCGUCUGAAAUAUUCCCCGCAGUCAGACAGCCAGGACUCAGGAGACUAAAUGGUGCGAAUGAACUGGGUUGAACCUGCACCUUCUUCGAUGUGUAAAGACACUUGAUGUACGUCCCAUUGGAUCAUACUUCAAAUGUCAACAAGGCAAAGUAGGAUGUCGUUUCGAACACUGACUUACCC